CCCGCCUGUCCCCGCCUGUCCCCGUCCUUCCCCGCACACCCCUCCUGUGCCUCUCCCCUGUUACCCGUUUGUGUCCCGUCCCCCUCCAACCCACCAUACCCAGCUUGUGUCGCCCCCGGUCCCCUGCUGUCCCUCACCGCUAUCUUCCCACAGACCGAGAUCAUGCGGAACGAGUUCGAGCGCCUGGCGGCCCGGCAGCCCCUGGAGCUGCUCAGCAUGAAGAGGUACGAGCUGCCCGCCCCGUCCUCCGGGCAGAAGAACGACAUCACGGCGUGGCAGGAGUGUGUGAACAAUUCCAUGGCACAGCUGGAGCACCAGGCUGUGCGCAUUGAGAACCUGGAGCUCAUGUCCCAGCACGGCUGCAAUGCCUGGAAGGUGUACAACGAGCAUCUGGUUCAUAUGAUAGAACAAGCCCAGAAAGAGCUUCAGAAAUUGAGAAAAAACAUUCAAGACCUGAACUGGCAGAGGAAGAACAUGCAGCUCACAGCUGGGGCUAAGCUUCGAGAGAUGGAAUCCACGUGGGUCUCUCUUGUCAGUAAAAAUUAUGAGAUUGAACGAACUAUUGUGCAGCUGGAAAAUGAAAUUUCACAAAUCAAGCAGCAGCAUGGGGAAGCAAACAAGGAGAAUAUCCAGCAAGACUUUCAGUGACUUAAUCCUGACUUCUCUUAGUGCAGCAUGUGUCAAAAACUACAAACCAGGCACUUUGGAGAUGCUGUGUUUGUAGACACCUCUAGUUGAAGUUGUGUGAGGUGGUAAAAGAGUGUUUCUGUUGUUUCUUUUCCUUGUUUCAAAUUCUAGGAGGAGGUAGGGUGGACUCAAAACAUCCUGUUCAAAUGUAUUACAGGCACCAUUAAAUGUACUGUGAAUUGUUUCACUUUUUAUAUACUUAAAGCAGGAGCUCGUGUUGUUGUAUUUUCCCCUACACCUUAAUAAAUCCUGUUUUGCUA